GAGCUUUGGGUGUUGUGUGUGUGAAAAAUUGUUAUCGGUCAUAUUUUCCUCUGCCCAAUUAAACGUAUUUAUAAAAAAAAAAUCAGUGAUAUUUUCCUCUUCCACUCGGUUCUAUGAUGCUGCUGGAAUUGGGUAACCACAAAUACCAUUGUUAUUCUGUGGUUUCCGCAUUUUUAUAAGUUAGAGUUUAUGGUUAAGUGACUUGAAAUGAGAUGAAUUCUUUUGAUUUCCAACACUAAUUUUGGCGAAAUCUGAGUUUAAUAUUCAAUUUCCGAGUAAACACAAUGGUUAAAUUAACUGCCGAACUAAUUCAAAACUCUAUGCAAUAUAUAAAUCCAGUGAAAGACAGAGAACUGGAUUUAAGAGGAUACAGAAUUCCGGAAAUUGAAAAUUUAGGGGCCACUGGGGAUCAAUUCGACACCAUUGAUUUCUCUGACAAUGAUAUACGGAAACUUGAUGGCUUUCCCUACUUAAAGCGACUUAAAUGUCUUUUGUUGAACAACAACCGGAUUGUACGCAUUGGAGAACAUUUGGAAGAAUAUAUUCCCAAUCUUGACACAUUAGUUUUGACAGGAAACCAAAUGGAAGAGUUGGGAGAUUUAGAGCCCUUGCUGACUUUGGAAAAGUUAACAUCGUUAAGCCUGAUGCACAAUCCUGUCACAGCAAAGCAGCAUUAUAGGUUGUAUGUCAUUUAUAAAUUGCCCCAGUUGAAGUUGCUCGAUUUCCGAAAGAUCAAAACUAAAGAACGGGAGGAGGCCAAAGUUUUGUUUAAAAGUAAAAAGGGCAAAGAGAUUCAGAAAGAUAUUAUUAAGAAGUCCAAAACUUUUGUUCCGGGAGGUAGCAUGCAUAAUUUGGCAAAGAGUAGAGGCAUGACAGAUGAAGAAAUUAGAAAAGUUAGAGAGGCCAUCCAUAAAGCAAAUUCUUUGGAGGAGGUUGAGAGGUUACAGAAAAUUCUUCAAUCAGGUCAAAUUCUAUCUGAUCUCAAUGGGGUACAAAAUGGCGAACCUAUGGAGUACCAAUAAAUAUUUCAUCCAUUUGGUAAGGAUUUAGGUAUAUCUUUUAUAAACAUUUCGAGUUUCAUUUCAUUUUCAAUUCAUAUGUACUUGGUUUUCUAAGCUAAUCAUGAACAGUGUUUUUAAGCUGAUAAGAAUUGUUUUAGUUCACUUAAAAAUAAAGUAUUUUGUAUAAUCGGCUUUGGUCGAGUAAGCGAUACACAAGAUGAUAAUACAAUAAAACU